UUGCCAAGUCACCCCCCAAACUCUCUCACUCACCCUACCUUAUUUAUGUAACUGCCCUCAGUUAGUCUUCACGGUGGCCUUCCUGCAGGAGUAGAGUUGUCCUGUCCUUGUUGUGGUGUCCAGUUGGUGUUCAAUUGGCUGUCAUUUCACUUCUAACCAUGUCUGUUCAGUUUUGUUUAGCUUUGCUGGCUCUCUCCGCUCUGACUGCUGCAUCUGACUCCCCAGACUGUGCUGAGCUGCUUAAACCCCUGGAGGAUCGAAGCAAGGUGGCUGGAAAGUGGAUAUUCUAUGUUGGAACAUCAGACAAUAAAGAGGCCUUGAAGGACCUUAAAACCAUCAACAGCUCCUGGAUUGAACUCUCGCCCAUACCUGAUAGUGAUGAUAUGACCCUUCGCUGGAGAGAUAAAAUGAUGGAUGGAAAAUGUCAUUAUGGAGGCGUUAAUUCCACCUUCUCAGAGAACUCAACCAGGGUGACAUUUCACUUUAACUCCUCCAAACAUGAGCAUGUUGGAAAGCACCUGGUGACCUGCCCUGACUGCAUCCUCUGGACAGACUUACAGACCUCAGUGUGCGAUGGCAAAGAAGAGGAAGCCAGAAAAAGCAGAAACCUCUACCUCUUCACAAAGUCUGGGACACUGGAUGAUUCUCACCUGGAAGAUUUCAAGAAACAGGCUGCGUGCCUCAACUUCCCACCAGAUUUCUUCUUUCCACAAACCACGGACCUGUGCCCCGACGACACAGAUGCGAAGAACGAAGAAGAACAAUAGAGAAUGUGUCACCUGCACCUAAAAUCUAUUCUGAGAUCUGAAGUUACUCAAAUUUGUAUUCAACAUCCAUGUGUGUAUCACAGAUGUCUUGAUAGAUGUGAAGAGAACACCUUUUUUUUAAUCAUGCAGGGGGGGGUGACACAAGAGGGAUUAUAGCUUUUUUGAGUUUGUCUUGUAAAAUCAAAGAGCUACUUACCUGUUCAGUUUAGUCAUCGUGCAGACUUUAUGUUUUCAGUUGAUUGCUGUGUUAAAGACGAGCGAAUAAACUGAUUUAACAUUGA